UUGCCGUUUUGUUCAAGAGGCCUUGUGUAAAAGUGAAAUUAACUUAAAAAGUUUGAUGCAUUUUCUUUAACAUAGCGAAAUUUUAAACCGUUCAAUGGACUCUAAAAAGAAACAUUUCUCCCGAGCUCUUAUAUAUCACAUGCCUCUGCGCGCAGUGUGACGGAAGCGAAGAGGGGAGCGGUGUCUUGAUAUAGAAUAGCUUUGACAGCAUUGGCUGAUCUCGAUUGGUGCGCGGUUCAUUUUGAAAAUAGAAAGGCUUGCAGAAAAAUGGAGACUGAAAAAGGCACCCCGGAGAAAGAGGAGUUUGUGGCUUUUAAAGAAGUAGCAAGUGUUGCCAGGGACUGGAUGGUGGAUUUUAUGUUUAGAUCUCUUUGUUAUUACUUCACAAACGACCAAUACAAUGAAUUUGCACACACGAGGGGCGUCUUGCAAGCUAUAGGAUUAGAAUCCAGCCUCAAGUCUGACCAAAAUGAGAAGAUGCAAGCUUGUCUCUUUCUGUCACGAAUUAUGGAAGGGAAAAAUUUGGAUUGCCAGUUUGAAGAAGAUGAAAAAAUUACACCAUUAGAGUCUGCAUUGUCUCUCUGGAGUUUAAUGAAAAAUAAACAAGGUGACAGAAAAGAAGGUCUACAUGAAGAAAUCAGAAUGCUGAUGUUUGUUCAGGCUGUAGCAGUUUCAAUGGAAAAAGGCCAGUAUAAGCAAGCUUCCCAGGUCCUUGACAGGCUUUCAGAAAAACAUGCAAUGCAAGAGUCCUUAAAAAUGAAGCUAUCCCUCAUUAUUACCAAGAAGGACACGUAUCAUCAGUUUCUCAUGGCUUUCAGUUUUGACGCCUUGCUAAAGAAAGUCAAGAUAUUUAUAGAUUCUUUUUUAAAAGAUCACCCUUCAGACUUCCUCCUAAAGGCAGCAACAAAAGUGGUGAUGGUCUGUAAUGAAAAUGGAAUAGCAACACAGCAGUCCAAAGAGAAUGAGGAAUGUGGAACCCUACAGCUGGAGAGCCAUAACCCUGAAAGCAACGAAGAAACACAACAGUCUACAGUGCCAAAAGCCAUGGAUGAAAAUGGCAAUGGACAGACUGAGGUAGUGAUGUCCCCUGCUGCUUCAGGAAAGGAAAAUCAGCAGCAGUUAAGGCCUAAAAGAAAACUAUUUUCAAUGCAGGAAGCUAAUCCCUGGAAACCCGGAAGUACAAGAAAAACUGUUUCCAAUAUUUCGUAUCGAUUAAAAGGCAAGCAGUCAUCAUUGCCAGUGGUCUCAAAUGACAGAGAGUCCAAGAUAUGUCGAAAAACAGAACCAAGAAGAAAACAGCCAUGGUUAUGGGAAGAAGACAUGGAGCUGAAAGUGGGAGUGAAGGAGUUUGGGGAAGGACACUGGAGUAAGAUUCUGCAGCAUUACAACUUUAGGGGUCGUACUAGUGUCAUGCUUAAGGAUAGGUGGAGAACAAUGAAGAAACUGGACUUGGUCAUUGCUGAAAGUGAUUGACUUUAGGUGAACAAUCCAGUCUCUGUUUCAGCGUUAUUUUUAAUACCACUGCAAAAAAAAUGUAGUUUUUACUCCAUUCAUUACAAAUGAUAUGAAGCUGAAACUGAGAUUCUUGCUGUUUGUGUGGAGAAAGGCAGUUACCCACAAGAUGCAUCAUUUCCUGGCUGCUGCUGGUAUAUCUGCAUUUGUCAGAAUGAGAAUUACUGCCAGUUAUAACUUGCUACUAAUGCUAUCCUGCUUUUCUUAACAAUGAACUCUAUUUGGUAUGGAUUUAUUUAGUUUUUUCCUUUAGAUAUGUAUAUGAAAUACAACUUUGUAUUUUAUUGACACAGUGAGACCCUGCUUAAUAUACAUUUUGCAUCUGUGCUAGGUUGUUUCAGAACAUUUCCACUAGGUGGCAAUGUAAUGCAAAAAAAAAAAAAAGAAAACUCUUAUUUCCAGUGUUUUUAUUUAUGCUUUAUACCAUUUUCAUGCAGUCUGUGUGGCCCAAUGUGAGUUAGUUUUGAUUGCGGUUUAUUGGCAACGUGUAUAAGACCCGAGUAUUAAAUCUGAAAUCAACAUGCCUUAACAAUGCAGUUCUUGGUCACUGCUGCUGUCACUCUUCAGUUUGUCUCUUGGCUGCAGAAAUAUUUAGUACAGUACAUUAUGGUGCUCCAUGUUACAUUUAAUGUCACCAUUGUUGGAACUGGAAUUCUCUUUUUGUAUUGUUGCUUGUAAAAGGGUUGUUUCUUUGAAAAUCUAGCUGCCAGUCCAGUAUAAUAAGCAAUGUAUAAACAAUGACAUGAGACGAUGUUCCUGAAAAUUGGCACCAACCAGCAGUCACUCCAGAGCACAGAGCAGCAUUUACACAGAGCUGACAGGUGGGAGCUAGGGUGUCCUGCUCUCAUCUGUUCAGGUACUGCAGGGCAGAGUGGGUUUUAUAUAACACGUCUUCUGUGACGUGUUUCUUCUGAAACUUAGACCUGUAUUGCUAAUUUGAUAUGCAUGUUGGUUUGUUCACUACAACCACUUUAAUAGCUGUGGUACAAGAAACGGGCAUUAACCUUGCUUCCUCAAUCUGUUGCAAAAACAUGCUUGUAAAUAUGGAAUGUAAAUACACAUUGAACACAAGGUAUUUGUUCUCAUCAGAAAAUAAAGUUUCUUUAACAUUUAAAUCA